AUGAACUCAACAGCUGGUCAAAUUGAAUUUGAACUUUUCAAUGAUAUAUGUCCACUUACAGGUGAAAAUCUUCGUUGUUUAUGUACAGGAGAACAAGGCCUUGAUUUAACAUUAAAUAAAAAAUUAUAUUAUAAAAAUUGCCAUUUUAAUCAAAUUGUUACAACAUCUGAAGCAUCACAUCUUGAUCGUAAGCAUGUCGUUUUUGGUCAUGUGAUAACCAGUCAUUCAAUAGUUGAUACAAUUGAGAUUGCACCAACUGAUUCAAAUCUACGACCGUUAAAUUCUAUUGUUGUAGUUGAUUGUGGCGUUAUGAAUUCAGAGUUUAGUGAAGCUUAUUUCGAAAAUAAUAAUCAACUUGAUCGAACUAGUUUUAUAUUUUCAAUUCAUUCAUCUUUUCAUUUGAGCAAUAGUUCACCUAUCGAUAUUGAAUGCUCAGUGAAUUUAUUGGAAUCUGCACGAUUUCUUGCUGAUAUAAUUAUUUGGAACUCAUUAAUUGAAUCUGAUCAAGCACGUGAACAUUUAGUUGAUGAAACUGAAAACUGGUUUGUUAUAUUUUAUGUUUAUAUGAUUUUAAUUCUCUGGUCUGAUAAAAUAGUUGGCGGGUGGUGUUCAGGUUAUGCAAUAGCAAGUGUUGAAAUGUUUGAUCCAUCAACAAGUGAGAGAAAUAUUUAA